AGUUGGACAUGUGUAAGAGGCACGGCUUGGUGAUGCGGGACGCGGCGAUCUGUGCGUGGAUUAUCGGUAUCUGCUGAGAGGGAUUCGCUUCCGUGAGGCGGCGGGGAUGAGAGAGGGACGCCGCAGCGGCGAGGAUCGGCCGCGCUGAACCGGGGGAGUCCUCCCCCGGGCUGCAGAUGAUGUCCAGGCGUGAGCGUGUGUUCAGCGGGGACAGGGGAGAGGACCAGGGAGGAUGAAGGAGGCGGGAGCAGUAUCAGGAGCGGCAGAGGCGGGAUAUGAUGAAGUUGAGUGGGAAAGGACUGUGCACCGUGUGCUCCGGCUGUCUCCUGUUCGUCUGCGCCCUGAGCGAAGUUGUGGUCGGACUGAGAUGCGUCUCGCUCGGGUCCACCGUGAAGGCGCAGUUCCACCUGGGCACCACGGCGGGGGCUUUCUACUCUGGGCUGCUGGUGGGGGUCGGCCAGGUCCUGCUGGGGUCUGCGCUGCUCUGCUGCGCGGACAAACCCGGCUGCAGGAAUUUCUUCCUCCUGGGUGUUGUUGUCUUCUUGCUGGGAGUUCUCACCGCCUUCUCGGGCGCCGUGGUGGACGGGGACACGGCUUCUCUGGUGGAGAGGAAAUUCUCCCACUACUGCUUCCACUCUGUGACUGGAAACACUGGCUGCGAGCAGCUGAGGGAGUACCAGCGGAGCCUGCUCAUCUCCACGGUGCUCAGCACCAUGGAGUGCCUCCUGGGGCUCCUCAACCUGCUGGUCAUCAAACGCUACAAGGCGGCGCAGGUGUCCCGGAGCCGGCGGGCGCACAGGCAGGGCUCCGGGGCCACGGUCUUCCUGGAGGAGCGGGACUGCUCCGCCGUGGCUUUCCAGCCCGUGUCUUACAUCAACCUGGGGGGGUUCACCAUGUUUGAUGAAACGGGGGCCGAGGUGCAGCGCGGGGGGCACCCGUCCAUCGAGCUGCCCGGGUACGCGCCCUCAGACCCGGAGCUCAAUCACUGCUUCCCGUUCUCCUACCCGGUGCCCAGCGAGCAGCCGCCGGCUUAUGAGGACAUUUUCCCCGCAGAGACAAGCGACACAUAGCUGCUCCUCUCUGACAAUCACUGACUUCAUUAAACACAUCCUCCUUCUUCUUUUUUUUCUUCAAAACUCAGUGAUCUCUAAGCGCAGGAGGCCAACAGAGGAGAUGUUACAGCCAUGAUGUUUGUUUCCAUCUGACAGCUUUCUGUGGCUCAGCAUUCAGACACAGGUAGACCAACAGAUCUGACAUCAGCCUGUACCAACAGCUGCUGUAUGAAAAAACAGACUGUGUACUUGGAAUGGUUGCUGUUUCACCUGUGAAUAAAUAUUUAAGCUCAUCUGGAGUCACAAAGCUGCUGCCAGAAUCCUAAUUUAUCUGCACACUAAGGCAUGCGUCCUCCGCUACGUCAGGAAGAAAGCCUUUCAGCCUCGCGCCCACCAGUUUCACUUAACUGCUGGGACACACAGCAGACAAGGGUGGCUGGACUCUCCCUUUGAGACAGAAUCUGGGAAAGACUCAGUGUAGAGCCGCUGCUCCUCCACAUCGAGAGGAGCCAGUUGAGGUGGUUCAAGCAUGUGGUAAGUAUGUCCACUGGAUGUCUGUGUAGGGAGGUUUUUCGGGCGUUUCUGACUGGGAAGAGACCUUGGAAAGACCCACGAAACGCUGGAGAGACUAUGUCACUCGCCUGGCCUGGGAACGCCUUGGAGUCCUUCCAGAUGAGCUGGAAGACGUAGCUGUGGAAAGAGAGGUCUGGGUUUUCCAGCUCAAGUUGUCCCUGCGGAUGGAUGGAUUUAUUUUAUGGUGAAAAAAGUCAAUGAGUUUUUAAGCUCCUGGAAUGUUACAUUCACUGUUGCACUGGUGUUAUUAGUGUUAGGCUCGUGGGUUUCCCAAUACUGUGAUUCUUUCUUGUAGAAAAGUAAAAUAAAACCACAGACAUGAUUGAGCUCUUAUUCAACUGAAGAACAUUUACUUCAACACUCCAAAGCUGCCAUUACAGAACUCCCUAUUUUUACAUCCUCCUCCUCUCUCCCCCGGAAACCUCUUUCAAAAUAAAACAUCAACUUUCACAAUAAAAUAUUUGCAAACAUUACACAUUGUCAUUACUCCAAUAUUUGUUCUUAUAUUAGAUUGGAUUCGGAGCCAUGGGAAAGCAAAAAUAAUUAUCAAAUGAUCUGCGGUAGUUUAACUUUAAAAAACAGGAAACAGAUAUACAAGAGAUCCACAAAAAGUGGAAAAUAAGAGAUUCUGUUGAAAGCAAACAAUGGGCCUCAUGCAAGAACAUGUUCGUAUUCUUAUCCUAAAUUUCU